AUGAAGAAGUACCUCGGACUGCGGGGCCAGGCCCUCAACCUCGCCGUGGGCACCAUCGCAGGAUGUGAUUUUCUCCUGUUCGGCUAUGACCAGGGUGUCAUGGGCGGCAUCCUUACUCUCAGCAUCUUCCUCGAUGCCUUCCCCAUGAUCAACCCCAAUGCCCAGGGUCUCACGCCAGACGAGUCGUCCACCCGGUCAACCUACCAAGGCAUUGCGGUCGCUUCGUACAACCUGGGAUGCUUCCUCGGCGCCCUGAUCACCAUUUUCAUCGGGAAUCCCCUCGGCCGCAAGCGAGUGAUCAUGCUGGGCACGUCCAUCAUGGUGAUCGGCGCCAUUCUGCAGUCGAGCUCGACCACUCUGGAACAGUUCAUCAUAGGGAGGAUCAUCACCGGCCUCGGCAACGGCGGCAACACGUCAACGGUCCCCACAUGGCAGUCCGAGACGUCCAAGGCGCACAAGCGCGGCAAGAUGAUCUUCUUCUGCAUCAUCAUCCUCGUCUUCAUCCCCUUCCUCCCCGAGUCCCCGCGCUGGCUGAUCCUCAAGGGCCGCGAGGACGAGGCCAGGGAGGUCAUCGCCGCGCUCGCCGACACCGACGUGGCGGACCGCGCGGUCGAGAACGAGUUCCUGGCCAUCAAGGAGACCGUCGAGGAGAUGGCCAAGGGCACCUUCGCGGACCUCUUCACCAUGGACGAGAACCGCAACCUGCACCGGACGCUGCUGGCCUACUUCAACCAGGUGUUCCAGCAGAUCUCGGGCAUCAAUCUCAUCACGUACUACGCCGCCGUCAUCUACCACGGGCUCGGCAUGUCCGACUUCCUCUCGCGCCUGCUCGCCGCGCUCAACGGGACCGAGUACUUCCUGGCCUCGUGGCCGGCCGUGUUCCUGGUCGAGCGGGUCGGGCGGCGCAAGCUGAUGCUGUUCGGUGCGGUCGGGCAGGCGGCGACGAUGGCGAUCCUGGCGGGCGUCAACUCGCGCACCGACGCCACGGGCUUCCAGAUCGCCGGCAUCGUCUUCCUCUUCGUCUUCAACACCUUCUUCGCCGUCGGCUGGCUCGGCAUGACCUGGCUGUACCCGGCCGAGAUCGUGCCGCUGCGCAUCCGCGCGCCGGCCAACGCGCUCUCGACCAGCGCCAACUGGAUCUUCAACUUCCUCGUCGUCAUGAUCACGCCCGUCGCGUUCAACAACAUCGGCUACCGCACCUACAUCAUCUUCGCCGCCAUCAACGCCUCCAUGGUGCCCUGCGUCUACUUCUUCUACCCGGAAACGGCCUACCGCUCGCUCGAGGAGAUGGACACCAUCUUCCACAAGGUCUCGGCCGGCUGGCGCGGCGUCUUCGCCGUCGUGCACCAGGCCCGCGUCGAGCCGCGCUGGUUCGGCAAGCACGGCGAGGUGCUGGUCGACUACGAGAAGACGGAGGAGCACCGCCGGCACGUGGCCCACCGGCAGGGGGUUGUCGUGCCGGACAAGGACGCGUCCGGCGAGGGGUCCGGCAGCGGCGAGGCAGGGUUGGAUGAGUCCAGGGCAGCGUAG